GUUCAACACUUCUUUGUUUCUGUGAGGAUGGAAUGCUCUAACUAACUGUGUUUAGUUGCAAUUGGUGCUGGCUGGGACGACAGAAGGUUACACGUAAAACAUAUGUGUAAUGUUUUAUUUGUUUCUGGCAUCAGAACUUUUCCGCUGCUUCUUCUUGGACGAAAUGCGCGACCGUGCUAUUACGAGCAUAAAGCGCGCGUUGCCGCGGAUGAGCUGGGCUCCCAAAAAUCUCUUCAACUUGUGGCGCCGCACCGCCGACGAAAAGAACGAGAAGAUGAACGAGAUCGUUUUUCGCAAGGGCUCCAAGACCAUUUUCCAACAGCGAUGGGUCGCAAAAUCCGUUGUUCGCGCCUACCACGGCGACCUCAUCAACGAGAAACUCUUCAAACGAUGGUAUCUGCCAGACUACCUGCCCGACGUGCGGCCCAGGCGUGAAGUCCUCGGAGAUGACAAGACACUCCUCCAGAAUUUUGCCGGCAGAAAGAAAAGAGGGGCAAACAAGGAGGAGGAGCAAAGGGAAGAACUUGCACCCAUUGCAAGUUUGAUGUUCGCAGAAGUGGAACGGCGACUGGAUACCCUCAUAUUCCGAAGUUGCUUCGCCCACAGUAUCUAUGAUGCCAGGCGGCUCGUGGUGCAUGGGAAGGUCCUCUUGAAUGGCAAACCACACUACAACGCCAAUACCCGCCUGGCCCCAGGCGACAUGUUUACCGUGAAACCAGAUGCUAUUCGUUUCUUGCGACCUCAGGAGAAACCGGACGAGUCUGACAACAUUUCGCAGCGUGAAGGAGCGCCAGAAGAUUUGACACCAUUCAACCUCCCCUUCUACGCAUCCCCGUGGCUCUUCGUGCCAGCGUACCUCGAGGUCUCGUAUAAGACGUGUUCUGCAAUCUACGUCCGCCACCCCACUGCUCGUCCCCACUACUCGGAGAUCCCUACGCCCUAUGAUGCAGACGGCGAGGUGAUUCGUGCCGCGUGGGAGUGGUACAUCCAGCAUCGCCCACAGAAGCGGACGGCUUCGCAGUGGUCGAAGAUGCCGGACGAUCGCCUGCGCCAGCAGAUGGAGGAGUUCCGCUUUGGGAAGGAUAGCUUGAGAAUGGCAACAAGGGUUUAACAUCUACUGGUCCUAUGCUAAUUCGAUCCACUCGUUCACCCACAUAUAGCGCGAGAACAUCACAUACAGCCAGCGGAACCAAACGAGCUGAGAAGCAUGGGCUCGCAUUGCAGCCAGGGCGGAGAUAUACUGGUGGGGGGAGGACACAAAAGUAAUUGUGUUUUUGGUGGAGAGGAGCGAUCGAAGCUUUUCCCAAACCGGCGCUAUGACACCGAUGUAUUUGGUGGGCAAAGGUGUUGUGAUGAGAGUGAACGCGCGGAAAGCAGUCUGUGUGCUCGAUUGAAGUACCAAGACGCCCUCCGGUAGUGAACGAUGGUUGGGAUGUCCAGAGACACCUCCCGCGUCAAAAGUGAGGAUGGUGUCGAUAUUCCAUUCCUUGAGAACCGGAGACAGAACAUCCGAGAUAGAUUGCGCAUUCCAGAUUUGCGUAAAGUUGUCCUGCAAAUCAGGAUGAUCGAGGACGCGUCGUUGGUCGCGGCCAACACCGAGAAGGUCUAGACUGUAUUCAAACUCGCGUUUCCGCGUCCCUCCUAGUCCGUCGGCGUCACCAACAGAAAGACAUAGCGCAUGCACUCUGGAGCUACGGAGCGCAAGUAGAGUCGGCGCGAAAAACAUGCAUUCGUCGUCGGGAUGUGCAGUGAGUAGAAGCACGUUUCCGUGGAAGGCAUCGGUCCAUUUGGAGUGGGUGGGAAGGACCAGGAUUACAGCCAGCAGCAGGAUCAACGCAUGACCUCGUCUCAGCAGGAUCUCCAGGCCAAUCAUAAGCAAGAGGCAAGACCGAGUGAAACCGAGAUCGUGGUAGAAGGGUAGGUCCGGGGACGUCGGUCCGGGGACUGACGGGCGAUGCGUCGAUCACUCACCGCUUUGCUCACUCUACGCUCGGCGAAGACAACCAUGCCCCUGCCUAGCACUACAUCCGUCGCCUCGGCAACGCAAGUUCGGCCGAUCGUCCGGGGUCGAACAGGACAACCAACCGUUCUCGUCUCCCCAAUCACUGAGAAGAACCUGCCGGUGUUGGAGAGAUCGAAACAGCUCGCUGCAUGGACUGCUGUAGAUGAGCACGUCAAAUCAGAACAUAGGGUCAUCGGCAUCGGAUCGGGAUCGACCGUGCCAUACGUUGUAGAACGCAUUGUUCAAUUGGGCGCGGAGGCCAACCAGGAGCGCGUGUUCAUCCCCACAGGCUUCCAGUCCAAGGAGCUGAUCGUCUCGUCCGGAUUGAAUCUGGGCGACGUGGAUCAGUACCCGACCAUUGACGUUACUCUGGACGGGGCUGACGAGUGCGUGUUUUGUCACUGCGGGGCGGGCUUCGUACUUAGCUAUCAGAGUGGACCACAACCUGAACUGCAUCAAAGGCGGAGGCGCAUGUCACCUGCGAGAAAAAGUGCUCGCAGAAGCGGCGACGACGUGCGUUCGGGAUGUUUCAUCUCGUUUCUGAGAUGCUCAUUGGCGUGUAGCUUCAUUCUGGUCGCCGACCACCGCAAGAACGUGGAACAUCUUGGCACGAACUUUACCCCCGGGAUUCCGAUUGAGGUGGUUCCCUUCGCCUAUGCCAAGGUGCUGCACAAUCUGCACCAUGAUCUCAAAUGCCCUAAGGCGACUCUGCGGAUGGCGGUGAAGAAAGCCGGACCGGUCGUGUCGGAUAACGGGAACUUUGUUAUCGACGCGCCCUUCGAUCAGGAGACUAUGAAGACGCCUUACACGAUUAUGGCGCAGAUCAAGAUGCUGACGGGUGUUGUGGAGGUUGGGGUCUUCUGCAACAUGGCCAAGGCGGCGUAUUUUGGCAAUGCGGAUGGAACCGUAACCGUCAAAUGGAACGACGGGCGAAUCGAACAGGUUGCUGCUAAACAAUGAGCCUCGUACCGAAGGCGGAGCGCUACGUAGAAACAUUAGAGAGUUCGCAUACUCGAUCAGAGCGGCUAGAUUGUGUGUCAGCUGAUGAUCUAAUCCAUCAAAGCAUCGGGCAUUUUGAACCUGA